AUCGACUUAACCACAUAAAAGAAAAACAACAUAAUGGUGUUGGUAAUGAAGAUGAACCAAGUAAAGAAUCUGUAUCUUCAGGUAGUAAUGAUAGUAGUAGCAAUUCAGUCGGUGGACUUUUUCGUCGUCCCAUACAACCUACUAGACCACCAAAUUCUUCCUCUUCAAUAAAGAGUGAAGAUAGUGGCAGUAAAGUGGACAUUACUUUAUUCGAGAACGAAGACGAAGAAUUAAAAAUUGAUUAUAAAGAAAAGGAUGACAUUGAAGGCCUUCCAGAAGAAAUAAAAGAAAAGUUAGCUAAGUUAAAGAAAUACGAAAUCAAAUUUCCAGAAAUUGUAAAAUCAUAUAAGAAACUGCUUACUGAACAAAAAACAGUCGAAGCUGUAUUAAAGGAAAAUACACAUUUAGAAGGACUUUCUGACGUGGAAGCGUUUGAAGCGCACUUAAAAAAUUUAAAUAUAAAGAAUGGAAUGUCAAUGGAAGAAAUUAAAAGAUUAACUCAGAUCCAAGACGGUAAAUAA